AAGCCACGAGAGUGAUACAAACUCUUGGAACAAUUGACUAGCGUAAUAUUCCUUUUAUUAUAUACAACAACUAACGAAAACUAAAGAAAACAGUUAACAAAUGUAUUUUUUACUUUAACAAAACUGACAAAACAAUGACUAAAACGGUACGCCAUAGUUUAUUUAAGACGCGUAUGAAUACAGUUUAUGUAAAUUAACGUGUAAACAUUCGAACCGGGAAAACACAGGUUUCCGACAUGCUUACCUUAAUGCCAUCAUUAAUCCAAUUUUAAUAACAAUUAAUAAGUUGACAACUUUAAUCCGAUGUUUAUAACAAAAACGUUAAAACAAUAUGCACAGCCUCUUCUAUCUUCCAUGACUUUAUCGAAACUAAGUUUGAACCACGCUAUUUUAUUGUAUUCCUAUCGAAAUAUACAUUUUUGCAUGAUAAACACACACUCCAAAAUACGUUUUUUAACACAUAGUUUACUUCUGAUAAACACCACGUCCGACAUGUCCUCACAGAGUUUAGAUAAAACUUAUGUGUUUUGUCACAGAAAUGACGUCACACGAUGUGCCUUGUAAUAUAUUUCGUACUGUAAAAUAUUUCUAUUUUUGGUUUGUGUAAUGUGACGACAUUAAGUGGGUCGAACUAGUCCGGCUAGUAUGGUAAUACGGAAUUGGAAACAGCGAGUAGCGUAAUACAGGAUUUUUUAUUUCAACGAUUGAUACAACCUGUAUUUUGUUAAAAGCAUUAAAUAGGUAUAUAAUAAAAACAAUUAUUCUCAUGUCAACAGGCACACAAUCUUUAUAAACUGAAUAAUCAAUUAUUUCAGAAAAAGACAGUCAUGAAACACACAGUGAUGCCAGUGCAGGAUGCUCAUCUGAACCCAUACAUUUACAGACAUCUGAACCCGUGCAAGUGCAGAUGUCAAAGGCAAACGAAGAAUCCUACCAUGUUGUGGAUAGUUGUAGUGGUACAAGUACAGAAAACUCUAAACCUGAGGGACCAAAACAACAAACAUGUACACCACCCACAGAUGUCAAUGAAACAAAAGCAUGGAGUCCUGAGGAAUGUAGGAAUGCAUUGACCACCCUGUUCGACUCAUCGAAGAAAGUGCACAAUGUUCAUGUGUGUGGCAAGACGGACUGCACUUCCAUCAGUCAUCAAGAAGAACAACGUUUAAUCCCCAAGAAAUUUCAACAUAAUUGGAUGACAGCAAAAAGAUGGUGGUUGUGUUACAUAGAGGGAGAGGGUAUGUACUGUUUGCCGUGUAGGAAAUAUGGUAUGAAACAUCCCCAGAAUCAGAAAGAGGUAUUUGCUGCAACACCAAGUGUGCGGAUGAAAAUAAAUGCCAUGAAUGUUCACUCAACCUGUAAUCUGCAUACAGCUGCUCUGGAUAGUGCUGUUAUGCAGAAGAGCUCUAUCUUUGAAAAGGAAAUAAUCAAAAAGCAUGAAUCUGAGAAUAUAGUUCUGGAGCAAGUUUUUGCCACAGCAUACUUUCAAAUGAAGUCGUUUAUUGCAAAUCAGCAUUUUAUUCCAUUGUUGACACACAUACAAACGACAUUUGGUGUUGAGAACUUGAAGUACUUCGACUACAAUUCUAAAGGUUCGCACCAAGAAAUAUUUCAAACUUUAGGACAGGCCUUGAAAAACGAUGUAAUUAAUAAGGUGAAAUCUGCUGGUGCUUAUGGUGUGCUUACUGAUGAGGUGUCAGAUAUAUCCGUAACUGAAAAUUUGGUCACCUUUAUCCAGUUUUUUUCCAGAGAAUCAGGCAGCAUUGCGACACAGUUCUUGGCGUGUAACAACUUACUGGCCAACUUUGACUCUCCUAAUGCGGAGGCAAUCACCUCUGUGAUUGUAAAUGAACUUGAAGGUCAUGGAUUGUCGAUGGAAAAGUUUACCGGCUUCACAUCGGACGGUGCUUCAGUUAUGAUGGGAAAAAGAACAGGAGUUGCUGCCAGACUCAAAGAAAUAAAUCCAGUACUGCUCAAUGUCCAUUGCAUAUGUCACAGGUUAGCCCUAGCAUGUACGGACAGUAACACUGACUUAAAGUACAUCAGUACUGUGGAAACUGUUCUCAGACAGGUAUGGCAGUUUCUUGACAAUUCCCCAAAGAGAAUGGCCACAUAUCUUAAAAUACAGGCCAGACUAAAAGCAAUCCACUUUGAAGGUAAGGCUUUCAAAAAAAUUUCAAAGCGUUUGAAGAAGGCUGUAAGCACAAGGUGGUUGAGUUUCGAGGCUGCAAUCAAAGCUGUCUUUGAGGACUACGAGUCAGUGCUGCAGACAUUAGCUUUCUUCAAGGAUACUGACGCAGUUGCCUCUGGUUUGUUUGGAAAGAUGAAGAAUCUGAAAUUCCUUGGGGUAGUGUACAUCUUGAACGACAUCCUCCCAAUCCUUGCCAACCUGUCCAAAGAUUUCCAGACUGGAUCUAUUACCUUCGCAACCAUUGUGCCAUCCAUAAAUCGCACAAAAGAUAAGUUAAAAGAUCUUUUAGAGGACAAUGCACCGAUAGAAAGACUGUCUAAAGAUGUUGAGUCUCUGACUGAUGUUUGUUCGGACAUAAAAAUGAACCCAAGAGAAGCAAAAGAACUUGAGAACUUGUUUGCUAGUUAUAUAGCUGCACUUAUCGAGAACAUCGACCGAAGAUUCUGUGAAAGUUCCCCUGUGCUGGAGGCGUUCAACAUCUUCGAUCCGAUGAUGGUGCCAGAUCAGAGAGAGGAGAUCCGCUACUAUGGUCAAACUCAGAUGCAGGUGUUGGCUGAACAUUACUUCCGAGAUAAACCCGAGGAAGGAGACAGGUUGAAAGCUGAAUGGGAGGGACUGAAAUAUCACAUCAGAGAUGGCAUGAAGCCCCAUAUUCCAGUGUCUGUGAAAUCUCCAGAGUCCAAGACGUCACCAACAGAAUGGUGUAUCCUCCAGCUAUUGAGAAACACUGCUGUGAGACAGCUUUAUCCAACCAUGAUGCACAUCAUAGAGAUUGUUGCCUCUCUUCCGGUUUCAAAUGCAUGGCCUGAAAGAGGAGCCAGCACUCUAAAGGCUCUCAAAACAAGGCUACGCAACAGACUUAGCACAACUAUGCUGGAGUCCCUGAUGCAUGUGUGCAUAAAUGGUCCUGAGCCAAACAGUCCUGAAGCCAAGCAGCAUGUCAAGUCAGCAGUCAAGCUGUGGCUAGACAAGAAGGAGAGACGGAAGAUUCCCCCGAAGCAGCAAAGGGCCUCAGCAUCAGCACCAGUUCUUACACUUGUGAAUGCUGGGGUCCAAACUGAUGUUACUGAGGGGAAUGAUGAACUUACAAUGAUUGAGACAGCUGUUGAUAUAGCAAUACAAAAACUUAACCUGGCAUCAAAGGAAUAUGACCCAGAAUCAGAUAGUGAAUUAUCGGAUGAUGAUUGUUGUGGCAACUAGUCUAGUUGCCACAACAAUCAUCAGAUAGUGAAUUAUCGGAUGAUGAUUGUUGUGGCAACUAGUCUAGUUGCCACAACAAUCAUCAUCCAAUAAUUCACUAUCUGAUUCUGGGUCACAUUCUAAUCUAGUUUAGAUUAGAAUCAUCUGAAACUUUUUUUUAUUCUGGAAAAUGUACUAUUAAAAUUCAAAUUGGUGUAACAUGUUUUAAUUUUUUUUAUAUAUACCUGUUAUUAUCAAAAUCUUGAUAGUUGCAGAGACACUCAUUAUCUCUCAAUAUUCUCAUUUGGUAUUUUAAUUUGUGCUAGUGCUUAGCAUGUACACUUCUUUUUAUCAGACUUUUAUUAAUUAAGUCAUGUUCAUGUACUCAUUUGUUAAUGUAACUUAAAGUGCCAGACAUAUACUCAUCUUAUAUCAGUCAUAUUACUUCAUAAAUUACAGUCUGAAUCAGACUGUAAUUUAUGAAGUAAUAUACUCGUUUGGUAAUUUCAUUUGAAGUGCUAGUCAUAAACUCUUGUUAAAAUGUUAUUGUGUUAAGUGGAGGUUCAUUAUAUUGAGAUUGUUCUUUGGUAGUCUGACAGGUCAAUUUUUGCAACUGUUUUAAUGAUCUCAUGUGCUAAGAGUUAACACUGUAAUUGUACUGUUUUAUUGUGUACUCUUAACACAGUAUUACUUAUAAAUGUUCAGGUAUUUGCUCAUAAAAUGCUUCAGUAUUAUUGUUUUAAUUAUUGUGAUGUUUAUCAGACUUUAUUUUUCUUAAGGUUACUUACUCCUUUGGUAAUAUUAUUUGAAUUGCUAGUCACAUACUCGUGGUAAAAUGGGAUCGUGUUAAGUAGAGAUUAAUUAUAUUGAAUGUUAUUGUUUGACAGGUGAUAAAGAAGUUUACAGUUUGUACUGUUUCUUCCAAUUUGCAAUAACUACUUGUGGACUAGUCAUUUAAAUUGGUUUAGUUAUAUAUUUUAAAUAUAUAACUAAACCAAUUAAAAUGACUAGUCCACAUUAUAAUUUUGAAAUGUCAUUGUCAUUAUUGGAAGUUACAGCUUAUUAAAAUGUUAAAAUUU